CAGCGCCGACGGCCUGCCGCGUGGUCCCGGACGCCGGCGCCGCUGCGGAGAGGGCACCGGGCCGACAGCUCCCCCAAGGCUCAGCUGAGAGCUCCCGGGCCUAGGCACCGAUGAGACCUAUGCCAGCCAGCUGGACCCUGCACCACCGCUGCAAAAUAGCACCGCCGCCCAAGCCCAAUGCCGGUCAUGCCCAUCCCGAGGCGGGUGCGCUCCUUCCAUGGCCCGCACACCACCUGCCUGCACGCUGCCUGCGGGCCGGUGCGCACCUCCCACCUGGCCCGGACCAAGUACAACAACUUCGAUGUGUAUGUCAAGACUCGCUGGCUCUACGGCUUCAUCCGAUUCCUGCUCUACUUCAGCUGCAGCCUCUUCACAGCUGCGCUGUGGGGCGCGCUGGCCGCGCUCUUCUGCCUGCAGUACCUAGGCGUGCGCGUGCUGCUGCGCUUCCAGCUCAAGCUGUCGGUGCUGCUGCUGUUGCUGGGUCGCAGACGCGUGGACUUCCGCCUCAUGAACGAGCUGCUCAUCUACGGCAUCCAUGUGACCAUGCUGCUGGUCGGGGGCCUGGGCUGGUGCUUCAUGGUCUUCGUGGACAUGUGAGGGCCCAGCCUCUCUGGGGACUCUUGAUUGUGCUGGGCCAAGGUUCUUUUCUCAAGGAUGGGGCCCGUUGGGGCCCUUUUGCUCCAUCCUGCAGGCCAGGCCUGCAGCACCAGCUUCCACUGGGGAGAGAAAAGGGCUGAGACUACUCCCUGAUGGAGGCUCUGCACUGUCUAUCCUGUCGGCUUCUGCGCUACCCUCCUAUGCACUGUUCCAGGUGUGACCCCCAGCCUCCUGCCUCUGGUUUUUGCCGGUAUUUUUCAGGUUGUCCUAUAUGGGUGGCCCACCUGUCCUUUCCUCACCUUGAGACCCUCUGUGUGACCCCUACACCAACAUCAGGCCCUAGGAGUGGGAUACGGAGGGGUGUCCCCCAGCUGCACAUCCCCUUUGUGUGCCCUUGAUCCCUGCUCCAGCCUCAGGGACCCGUCAGGCCGUACAUCAGACGCGCUGCACUGCCUCUGUAUCUCCUCUCCCAAGGCUGCUUGAGUCCUUAGGCUGUCAUGGAGAGGCUAUUUCAGUCUUGAACCCCAAGUCAGGCCUCAGGAUCACCCCUGUUUGCAUGAGUACAGCCUAGUGGAACAUCACAUACGGCGUUGGCAGGUUCCUGGUUCCAGGGCCACAGGCACCAAGACUCCAGAGCAGGCACCUCCCAUUAGCCUCACCCUGGGCAGGUCUGCAAAUGCCUCCAGCAGCCUCCCAAAGUCUUGACCAGGCCUGUUGUGGAGAUUCUCCUCGGGUGCAUUGCCAUCACCAGUGGGUGGUCCUUCCCCACUGUAAGACUUGGUGAUUGAGGCUAAUGGAGCAUCUGUCCCACCCUGGCCUGUCAGGAGUAGGUGUGGCUCUCACUGGCUGACAAGGGCCUGGGUGGCAGCUGAAAUGCUUUGAGCAGUAGCUAAGGGGAGGACAUCAGGCAGAUCUGCCAACACCCGCUUCACCCCCAAUUGUCAUCCCCACACCCUGGGCAUGGGGGUGGCCCCCUUGACCCUGCUCCGACAGGGAGAUCAGUAGCUGGUGAUCUGAGGGACAGUGUGGCCCACUGAAGAGAAACUUAAACGGGUAGAGAAAGCAGAAACACAUGGCUGUCGGCCUAGCUUGCUGGACUAGCAGGAGGGCUCCACAGAGGAAGUCUUUGUGCUUCCGGGGACUGCAGGUGAGGCGCCUUCCCAGUGGACCCCUGCUUGUUCACUGCAGAGAAUUGUUUGCACUAAAUCUUGCUCUUUCCUCCAAAUGGCUUUUUUGUUCUAUGUUAAUUAGCUCGUGUUCCUCAGAGCUGCCGAAGCCCCCCUUGCUGGGUGAUGGUGGGUGUGUCAGAGGACUGGUGGUGGGAGGGGAUGGCUGUGACAAAUUUAAAUGGCCAUGCCAGGGGACGACAGGACCUUGUCAUGCAUUGCAUACCCAGCUGCCCAGUGUCCCGAGUGCCUGUUAAAUUCUUUAUGAGAUGAAUCACCUGCAUUAAACCUAUUUUUUUAAUGUG